UUUCUCCUUCCACGCAUAUCUCUCUACACACGCAAAAAAAAAAAAAAAAGAAAAUAAAACCCUCUUUUCUCUUUCUCGCAAAUGAAAACCCUAGCCCUAAUCCAUAUCUCUACACCUGCAAUGGCAGAAACGAAAAUCCCAGACGAUUCUAGCUUCGAUGAUUUCUUUGAUGCUAUGGACGACUUCCCGCCAUCCGAGUUGAUUGCCGUUCCCGAAUCCGAAGAGUCUGUUGAUCUUCCUCAGAUCGUUCGACUCAAUUCCGUCGAGAACGGCGAAGCUGAUGCAAUCAAGUCCCCGCUCUCGUCAGACUCAUCGCUUUCAAGCACCCUCCGCCGCAGAUCAUCUAUCAGGAUCGGCCACAGGAAAAUCUCAAUUGUUGAUGCAAACGAUUCAAUCCUCGAUGAUUUGUCCGCAAUUUCUGAGGUCAUUCAGGUAUCGGAAGCAAUCACUCCUCGGGAGCGGCGUAAUAAAAUCCUAUCAUCGCUAAAAGACCACGACAAGGUGCAGUCUGAUUCUCCGCGUCUCAAAUCAGGUUCGGAUCAGAUAAGCUCAAAAUACGAUCAGAAUCAUGUGCGAAAUGAGAAAUCGGCAUCUUUCAAUCCUCCCACCGAAGACCUUGAUGGAUCUUCAUCGAAUUUCCUGAUUGCUUUGGCAGGAUUCAUAAUAAAAGCGAUAGGGUUUCAAAUUAGCUUAUUGAUCAGCUUCUUUACCUUUCCUUUCUGGUUAUUGCAUUGGUGUUUCAUGCUUGUGACUGAUCCAUUUCAACUUGUAAAAAGAGCUAAAAACUUUUCGCAUGAGAAACUAUCUAGAAUUUCUGGUGCUUUGCUUUCGAGGGUGAGUCCUUUGAUAUAUAAACAGUUGACGGGCCCACAAUCGGUUGGAAGAUAUGUGGUGAGAUUCAGCUGGGGAUUCUUCUGGUCAUUCUAUGUCUUUUUCGUGUUGUUUGGUUUUCUGGUGACUUCAUUUGUUGUUGGUGGUAUUGCUGUGCGGUACUUUGUUGAGGAGCCAAUUCGCAUGGAGGAGAAUUUGAAUUUCGACUACACAAAGCCUAAUCCUGUUGCUUACGUGCCAUUAAUGCCCUGUGAUGGUGUUUGUUGUGGUUUUGGGGGUAAAGAGAUGGUUGCAGUUGGGAAGCAUGUAGGAGGGCGUGUUGUUCCUAUUAAUCAUAAGCUGCAGGUUACUGUCUCCUUGAUGUUACCUGAGUCUGACUAUAACAGGAAGCUUGGCGUUUUCCAGGUCAGGGUGGAUUUCCUGUCUGUGAAUGGCAAAGGCACUGCCACUUCAAGGCAUCCGUGCAUGCUACGGUUCAAAAGCUUGGCUAUCCGCCUCUUGGAGACCUUCAUUAAAAGCGGUCCUCUCCUUGCUGGCUAUUCAUCAGAGUCCCAACUACUCAACCUAAGAAUGACAGGCUUUACUGAAGGAACUGAUCCAACUUCAUGUUUGAAGGUCGUCCUCGAACAACGAGCAGAAUUCAGGACCGGUGCUGGUAUACCUGAAAUUUAUGCUUCAAGUUUGGUCCUCGAAUCUGAGCUUCCUCUUUUUAAAAGGAUCAUUUGGAACUGGAAGAAGACAAUCUUUAUCUGGAUUAGUUUGGGGUUUUUCACGAUGGAACUAUUUUUUAUUCUCAUCUGUUGCAGACCUGUUAUUAUUCCUAAGGCAAGGGCAAAUCCAAGGCCAAGGCUGAGGGAAGGUUCUGCUAACAGAACAUAGUAUCUGAAGUUUGAACAGGAAACCCCAAGUUGGGGUAGGACAGCAACUAUUGUGAUACAUGAAAAAGUGGGUGGUGGAACAUUUGGCAGUUUUUCCUUCAGUUGUUUUAGAUACCUUAAUUCCUCCUGAAUUCGGAAGAAAGAGGCGCUGUCAUCUUGAGCAUGCUCCAAUGCACUAUCAUAUGGGGUAUAUGGAAGGUCUAUAACCGGAGAACUUUUCAUAACGCUUCCUUGCAUGUUUGUUUUGUGGAAGAGGAGACCAAGUUCUCUAAUUUGAGCUGUGGGCACUCCUCCAAGGAGGCAAGUAGUUUUUGGGUAUUUAUUGUAACCAGAAACUGGCGUUUGGUCAUCCAAGAGAAAAGUAAGCCCUGAAGAAGUCCGCCCUAUGGGAACUGCCUCCUGGUUAGAGGAAAUUGAACAUUGACAGUAGCUCCAUGGGUAAUCGCAGGUGGUGCUGGAACUGGCUGGGGUGAUUACUGAUUAGGGACGAGGAAGGCAUGCUUUGCUUUGCUUUCUCCAGGCCCGGUUGGGAACGGUGGACUGUAAUUAUGUGGAAUUGAUGGCUGUCAAUGACUCAAAUGUUUCACUUGAUUUUAUUUCUCGACUCUCUUGGUGAUCUGUGAAUUGAUAAAGACAAGUUGGAGAAGGCUAUUACUUGAGUACCUGGAAGUUGUGAUGUGCUGUGGAAGUAUGCACUCCCUUGUAAAAUGAAAAUUACAGCCGAAGUUGUGAGUUGGCAGAUUUCUUUUCAGCAUGUGUUGCAUGAGGCCAAUCCCUCAGCAGGUUCUCUUGCCAAGGAAGGUGUCUCAAAACUGACAGUUUGUACCAGGGCAUAGGCAUUGCCUUAUUGUAUUUAUGUGCCCCCUUUUCUCUUCAAUAAAAUGUUGGUUACUGAUAAAGAAGUAAAGCAGCACUCUUUUGAUA